GCAAAUCCAGACUUUGUGUUGACUUUAACUGCUGCAGCAAGCAGCAGAGUCUGAGUAAUACUGCAAUGAAUGCACAUGAUAAACUGGAAAUGAUAGGACUGAAUGUUGAGAUUUGUCUUGAUCAUGUCAGGGCUGUCACAGUCAUCAUGCUCAUGAAUAUUGCUUUAUGGCGCCAGUUUUAUUGCAAAAAGGGGACUUUCACUGGACACUCCCCUAAAACCUUGGACGUGGAUGUCUGCAUCUCUGAUUGGUUGUGAAGCCCCAACCGACAACACCUGCUUAACUCCUUCAUCCAAAUUGACACCCGGGGCUCUGAGAAAUAUAGGCAGCAUCCCUUCCAGCUCAUGCAUUCAGACCCACAGCUGCCCCACAAGACACCGAGCCGCAGCUGCGCUGAUCGCUGAUCCAAGGUGAACCCUCACACACACUCGCACACACACUCGCGCACACAGCCGGAUCUUCGCUGAGGGAGUCGAGUGCUGACAGAGACGCGAUGUUGGUCAAGCUGGCCGUGGCGCUGCUGGUUUUGUCAGUGCUGGAGCAAGUAGUGGGAUCGGAUAAUAUUGAUCUCCAUGACAGCCUCCCGGAGAAGCCUGCGAGUCAGAAAGGACGCCUCUCCCUGCAGAACACAGCUGAGAUCCAGCACUGCCUGGUGAGUGCAGGGGAUGUCGGCUGUGGUGUGUUUGAGUGCUUUGAGAAUAACUCCUGCGAAAUACGAGGGCUACAGGAAAUCUGCAUGACGUUCCUGCACAACGCUGGCAAAUUUGACUCUCAGGGUAAGUCCUUCAUCAAGGAUGCUCUGAAGUGUAUGGCACAUGGACUUCGGCACAAGUUUAGCUGUAUCAGCAGGAAGUGUGUGUCCAUUAAAGAGAUGGUGUUCCAGCUCCAAAGAGAGUGUUACAUCAAACACAACCUCUGCUCUGCUGCUAAGGAGAAUGUGGCUGUCAUGGUGGAGAUGAUCCAUUUCCAAGAUCUCUUUCCUAAAGGUCCAUAUGUGGAGCUAGUGAACAUCCUGCUGAGCUGCGGCGAGGAGGUGAAGGAGGCGCUGACUCGAAGCGUCCGGCUACAGUGUGAGCAGAACUGGGGGGCUUUGUGCGACAGCCUGAGCCUCUGCUCUUCCCUUGCCCCGUCCCCGGCCGGCUCCCUCGUCGAACACCAACGCCGCCCGUCGCCCUCGCACCCGGAGCCGGAGCACCCUCGCCCGCCUCGGCAAGGCGAAAAGGAGAAAGCCAGCAAGGCGGGCUUCAACGCUCACCCACGCAACCGCAAUCAGGGACCCCGCCGACAGAAUCCCGAGGCCGGGAUUGUGGCCGAGCAGGAAGACCCAGAGGCCACUGACAUCCGUAGGUGAAAGCUCAGGAGGCUGUCGCGACACUACCAUGCUUAAAAAACCACACUUGCAGACUUAUGCACACCUCCACACAUAAACACAUGUACACACACUUCUCUGCACACACACACACACAAAUUCCCAGACAGACUGAGCAGAAGGAAACAAGCCCCGACCUUUCCUGUCCUUAUUCCACCCUCUCCAGUCAUUCCAGCAGUCCCACAUGGUAAACUUGCAGGGUAAUGUGGUGUAGCUCGUACUGUUAUGCCAGACUGUAGGCCACACUUUUUUAAAAAGGAAUAAUAAUUGUUAUUAUCAUGAUUAUUUCAACUGUUAGGACUAUUUUGGCUCUAAUAUAGCAUUUCUCAAAUCAUACUUAUUGUAGGAUUUGAUUAUAUUUGUAUUAUUUAUUUUAUUCUUUAUGCAAUGUCUAAAUAUCAAAAUGUACAUAGAAAUAUACUUAUCUAUAUUUAUAUAAACAUGUAUGAAUAUAGCUACAAUAUGCAAUACUGAUAUAAUAUAGAUGAUAGUAUAUGGUGUGCUGUCUGCUCUCUUCACAGUAUUGCACCCAUCACACUCAGUCUGUAGAUAUGUAACAUACACCAUUUGUUGUUUCAGAGUGGGAAUGUGUAUUAUGAUUAUAGAUACUUGAUGAUUAAAUACAAAUUGUACAGGUUUCAAGUCCAGUUCUGGCACAUAUGAAAUGUAGUGCAUGAUGGCCACAAAGCCGACAGACUUGUGCAUUCUUAAAGUGAAGAUUCAUUUUAAAGAGGAUGCAAAUGUAAUACUAUGAAUAUGGACGGUUAUUUUACGUGUAUUGUAUCGAUGAGUCUCUCGCAAAGCUAGAAAGACUGAUCUCUGAUGUCAUCAAGCACUGCUUUCUGAGCAGCAGGUGCAGUUUUAAGGACUCUUUUUGGUCCAUGCAACUCAAGACAUGCGUCUUAUUUUGUACACAGAAAGUAUCACAUGGCUCCCAUUCAUUGUUAAUAGAGCUGCAGAGGCUGAGUCUCUCUGACAGUACACCUUAAUGUCAUGUUUAUAGCUUCAGGAGACAUUUUUGUUCAUGUUCACAGAUUAUAACCAAACUGUCAGAUGCUAUUUCUUCUCUCUUCAGUUGGUUUAAGCUCGCUGUGAACUGCAGUAAAGAGAGGAUGUUCAACCAAGUUCUUUUUAAAUCUCACACAUCAAGGUGCCUAAACUUGUAAUUGUCCACAGCGACCGCUUCUCUGUGAUUUCAGUGAAUGGAUGAUACUGUGUUGGGGGGGGUAUUGUUGGGCUUGUAUUUUACGAUGCCGUUGAGCCACAAAAGUCUUAGAUUUUUGCACUUUGGAUGAUUUGUUUUGAGCCGCUGCAAGUUCAGAAACCAAACCAGGUUACCAGAGCAGUCACCCUGUAAAAGGAGAUUUAAAUUUAGCAACCCUGGUCUAACCUAUCAACCACAGCUCCACUUCCUGUAUCCCCAUAUGCUCCCUAGGACCACAUUGAGCCCCUUCUUAAGAAGAGCACUCUUUUGGCAGGAAAGAGGCUUGACAGAAACCCUCCAGAUCUUUGGCCCCUCUAAAUUAGCCCUCAUUCCUCCCUCUCUGGUCCCUUACCUAGGUCAGGAGAGACAUGAAGGACUGUUAUUCUGCCCGUAAGAGCCGCAGGCAACGCAGCGAGGACCCAGGAACUGGGUUAAGUCCACACACGGGGGCUCUGGCGCUGUUAUUCUAAAUGUUAUAUUUACCAAGUCACCAUAGAAUUCCUCUGGGCUCAGGCCAAGAGCCAGCAACCCGGAGAGGCAGAGUCAAGCAGUAAGAAGUAGACAAACAUGUUAAACUCCUUUUUUUUUUUUUUUUUUUUUAAAUGUGAUGAUUCACUCCUGUCUUUUACUGCUCCUUGUGCUCUCCUUCUCUCCCUCCUUUAGGUAACAGACGCAGGCAUUUGACCAUUUCAGGCCAGUCACAUGCUUCAGUGGUGGCAGUGCUGAUAGUGAGCACCACAUGCUGGUGACUGGUGUAAAAAGAAAAUCAAACAAGCUCAGAUUUUGUGGCUCAGUUAUGUUUUUUGUUCAUGUUUCUUUUCCCUUGCUGUACUUACAGUAAGUUUUAACCCUUGCAAUCAUUAACAGACUAUUAUAAGCUCCAAGGGUUAAAUCAUCAGUGAGGCUUUCACGCUUUUCUUUUUUAUUUUGUUGUGGAAUUUGGGAUUUCCUGUGACAUCCCAGCACAAGACAUAAGCUAAUCCUAUUGAGAAUGUACUGUAUGUUUGUAAAGUGACAAUCUGUUCAGCUCUCUGUCUUUAAGUUUGGCUUUUUGUAAUAAUGUAGUGGCUUUAAUGGCUGUUUUUAAUGUGUUCGGAGGAAAAUAAA